AUGGAAGCUAAAAGGAUGAUAAAAGUGAAGCCUUUGGAUUGGGAAGAAGCUUGGGCAUUGUUUCAGGUGAAGGUUGAGUGUAUUGAUCAUGAUAUUCUUCCUGUGUCUCGAAAUGUUGCUAAAGAAUGUAGAGGGCUACCAAUCACACUCAUUACCAUUGGUAGAGCCAUGGCCAAUAGAAAUACAGUAGAAGAAUGGGAACAUGCUCUUGAGGUCCUAAGAAGCUCUGCCUCAAGCUUACAAGGCAUGGAGGAUGAGGUAUUUCAAGAUGUGGAGGUUGAGGCAUUUGCAAGAUUGAUGUUUAGUUAUGAUAGUCUGCAUAGUGAUAAAGUUAAAUCUUGUUUCUUAUAUUGUUCAUUGUUUCCGGAAGACUUCCAAAUUUUGAAAGAUGACUUGGUACAUUAUUGGAUUAGUGAGAGUUUUUGUGCUCACAACGAGGUAUAUUUUAUAAUUGGUUCUCUUGUUGGGGCAUGUUUAUUGGAAGAGAAAGGUCGUCUUGUGAAAAUGCAUGAUGUGAUUCGUGACAUGACUAUGUGGAUAGCAUGUAAAUGUGAAAAAGAAAAGCAUAAGUUUUUUGUGAAGGCAAGUGCUCAAUUAAUUGAGGUACCAGAGGUUGGAUUAUGGGAAGGAUCAGAACAGUCGUCACUGAUGGCAAACUCCUUAAAGAGGAUCAAUGAAACUCCUACAUGUCCUGAUCUUUUGACUUUAUUUCUCAGCCAUAAUCGUCGCUUAUGCAAGAUCAGUAAUGGUUUCUUUCAGUUCAUGCAUACACUAACCGUUCUAGACCUAUCAAAUACUGGUGUAGAGGAAUUGCCAGUGGGAAUUUCAAAAUUGAACUCAUGGCAAUAUCUUAAUCUGUCACGGACGUAUAUAGGGCAAUUGCCAGUUCAAUUGAAGAUGUCCACAAGCUCUCAACAUUUGUGGUUUGCAAAUAUGAAGAAUCUAGCUAUUCUACAUAUAUUUUGUAAAAGUCAUUCAAAAGGGUUGGGUGUGGAUGUUGUAAUGGAAGAGACAGAAACACACAAUGUUGCUGGAGGUCUAGGCAUCUCAAUCUCACGGGAGACAUGCUUUAAUAGCCUUCAUACAUUGAUUUUAUUGGGUAACUUCAGAUUGCGGGAUCUAACAUGGCUUAUUCUAGCUCCAAAUUUGAUGUUAUUAAGGGUCUUUAACAACAAGCAUAUAGAAGAAAUAAUUAGUGUUGAAAAGUUAGAUGAUUUUCGAGUUGGGGUUGAAAAUUUAAACCUGUUUUCAAAACUCGAAGUGCUCGAAUUGGAGGCAUUACCAGAACUGAAAAGCAUAUAUCCCAAAGCCCUGUCCUUUCUCUUUCUAGAAAAAAUGGAAGUAUAUAGAUGCCCAAAGCUUAAGAAGUUGCCAUUAAACUCCAGCAGCGCAAUUGGAUGCAAAUUUGUGAUAAAAGCACAGGACCAUUUUUUGAAAAAUGUUGAAUGGGAUGAUGAUUCUACUAAAACUAUCUUCUGCCCAGUUUGA